UUUGAUAUUCUCACUACUGUGGGGAAAUAUUCUAAUGCUUGCAUGAGUAUGCCAAGCCUUCAGCUGGAGUUUAGGUAUGAUCCCAGCUGUAUGAUUGCAUUUUCUGGAAGGAUUGUUAGACAUGGGGUUCAUGAAGUGGAAGGGGAUUGGAUUACUUGGGCAUGGUAUAUGAGGGAUUCUGUUCAUAUUUAUGCCAGGGUGCCCUCAUGUGGAUGGGCUAGGGUCGAUUGUGCACAUUCACUACCCUGUCAAAGAUCAAACAGGCAUAGAAUGUAG